GUUUCUAAUUAGAUGUCUGUGGCUUUGACCAUCAUUCCCUGACCUCUUUUAUUGAGCCCGGUUGUGUCUUCUCUUAUGUAGAUUGUCUAUUAUCGGAUCAUGCUGUGUCAUCUUUAUCCCCAAAAUGUUUUUUUUUCUUUGAAAAAAAAAACAAAGAAAGAAAGUAAGCAGUAUGAAAUGGCGAGUUGACUGAAGUAAAACCUCGCUUAUUGUUGUAUUGUACAGUAGAAUUGAUGAUGAAAAGACAUUGAGAAUAAAACCCAUCGUCUCAAAAGAGAAAACCACCCAAAACGACCGACCCCUCCCCUGUUUCUCUACCACCGAACACCCACCUUUCACUUCCCUCUAACAUACGCCCCCCCAACCAACUCUAAUCCUGCGCACCUUCUUUAGCUCUCCUCAAUCUCAUAUAUUUCCCAUCAAUUACCACAUCAUUCUUUGAUUCCUUGCUUUUUAGGGUCUCACACGAAAAAGGGUCUAUUUUCUUUUCGGCUUAAAAAGCUCAGAUCACGUCAUCGGAUUGUAAACAAUCUUGGACGGCGGUGUCGGAUUUUGGGUUUUGGGUGUUUUUUUGACGAGAGAUGUCUGAUGCUCCGGGGAUUGAUGAAUCUGUUCUCGCUCUGCUGGAAGCCAUUCGGGCCUGACGGGGAAAAUCACGAGACAAACGGCGUUCUUGGCGGCGGCGGCGGUACUACUGGUGGUUCAAGAGAAGGUAAAGACGGCUUGCUUUGGUUUCGGGAUAUAGGAAAAUAUGGUUCCGGGGAAUUUUCCAUGGCAGUGGUCCAAGCAAAUCAGGUGCUUGAGGAUCAAAGCCAGAUCGAGUCCGGUCAAUUCGGCACUUUUGUUGGGAUCUAUGAUGGGCAUGGCGGGCCCGAAGCGGCUCGUUACGUUUGCGAUCACUUGUUCAGCAACUUUCGAGCAAUAACAGCUGAGUCGCACGGAGUUGUGACUGCUGAGACCAUUCAAAGAGCUUUUCGUCAAACAGAAGAAGGGUUUACCACGCUUGUGUCGGAAUUAUGGGGUUCUCGACCCAAUAUGGCAACUGUUGGUACAUGCUGUCUGGUUGGAGUAAUAUAUCAGCAAACACUUUUUAUCGCGAGUCUUGGUGAUUCACGUGUUGUUCUGGGCAAGAAAGUUGGCAAUACUGGUGGAAUGGCUGCUAUGCAGUUGUCAACUGAACACAAUGCAAACAUUGAGGCUAUUAGGCACGAACUCAAGGAAUUACACCCAAAUGAUCCGCAAAUCGUUGUCCUCAAGCAUGGGGUUUGGCGAGUAAAGGGCAUUAUUCAGGUUUCAAGAUCUAUAGGCGAUCUUUAUAUGAAACAUGCACAGUAUAACAGGGAACCGAUUAAUGCGAAAUUUAGACUUCCUGAACCAAUGAACAUGCCUAUAUUGAGUGCCAAUCCAACUAUCAUUUCUCAUCCUCUCCACCCAAGUGAUUCUUUCCUUAUAUUUGCAUCCGAUGGUCUAUGGGAACACUUGAGUAAUGAAAAAGCUGUGGAUAUCGUCCACAGUCAUCCCCGUGCGGGGAGUGCCAAAAGGCUUGUCAAAGCUGCCCUACAAGAAGCAGCCCGGAAACGAGAAAUGAGAUAUUCGGAUCUUCGAAAGAUUGACAAGAAGGUUCGACGUCAUUUUCACGAUGAUAUUACUGUUAUUGUGUUAUUCUUUAAUCACGAUCUUAUAUCGAGAGGUGCCAUCCAAGACCCUCCAGUAUCGAUUCGGAGUGCACUAGAACACUGAUGAUUUAUAAACCAAAUAGAUUUCUGCUUCCUCUGGUUUUUGCUCUGGGGAUUCGAAAUCGAACUUGAACCUUUAGUUUAGCAAAUUGCCGUAAAAUGUUAAAAAGAGAGUAAGCAGGCCAAGAUUUAGUGCAAAUUCUAUGUAAUGCUCUACUUAAUUCAGCAAAAACAUUUUGUGACAGUGCUUUAUCAGAUGAAACAUGAAUAUAGGUGUUUGAUUUAUUCUA